GAAACAAAGGAUCGAAAGAAAGACGCACAUUCUACCGAACGAUUUCUGAGAACGAAGAAGAAGAAGAAUCGGAUAAGGAAAGAGAAACAUGUUGCCGUCGUCAUCCUCAUCUUCAUCGGCUACUGUUCGGGUCGAUAAGGCCACCAGCGACCUCUUAAUCGGACCUGAUUGGACUAUGAAUAUGGAGAUUUGCGACUCCAUCAAUUCUAACCAUUGGGAUGCUAAAGAUGUUGUAAAAGCUGUGAAGAAAAGGCUGCUGCACAAGAAUCCUAAAGUUCAGCUGUUUGCCUUGACGCUGUUGGAGACGAUGGUAAAGAAUUGCGGUGAUUAUGUGCAUUUUCAAAUUGCUGACAGAAAUCUACUACAAGAAAUGGUUAAGAUUGUUAAAAAAAGGACAGAUCUGCAUGUAAGGGAUAAGAUUUUGGUUCUUCUUGAUUCUUGGCAAGAAGCUUUCGGUGGCCCUGGAGGGAAGUAUCCUCAGUAUUAUUGGUCAUAUGAAGAACUCAGACGAUCUGGAGUGACAUUUCCAAAGCGUUCACCAGACGCAGCUCCAAUAUUUACACCACCAGUUGGUCACCAGAGGCAUACCCAAGUAAGUCAUGGAAUGCCGAGUAAUUUCUCAACAAGGCUUGAUGAAGCUAUGGCAGCUGAUGUGGAACACUUGAGUUUAAUUGGCUUAACUUCUAUGCGGAAUGUUCUCGAACUCUUGGCCGACAUGCUGCAAGCAGUGAACCCAACUGACCGAGCAGCUGUAAGAGAUGAAGUAAUAGUUGAUCUUGUUGCUCAAUGUCGUUCUAACCAGAAGAAGUUGAUGCAAAUGUUAACCACAACAGGGGAUGAAGAACUUCUUAGCCAGGGCCUUGAAUUGAAUGAUAGCUUGCAGACAAUACUGGCAAAACACGAUGCUAUAGCUUCUGGUUCUCCUUUGCCUACUCAAUCAAUCCAGACUUUGAGUCCAAAACCAGUUAAUACACAGAAUUCCAUUCCCAUCAGAAAUGAAGUUGGAGAACCUAGCCAAGCAUCUCAGUCAAAUGCCUCUACAUCUCAUGUAACUGUGAGUGGGAGCAAUCUUGAAGAAGAAGAAGACGAGGAAGAUGAUUUUGCACAGCUUGCUCGAAGGCACUCAAAGACACCGAAGGAAACAAUUAGUGGAAAUAGUUCGUCAACAUUACCUGAAAACUCAAUCCCUGUUCCAAACAAUGCAUUAGCCGUAAUUGAUCCACCCUUCCCUGUCAAAACUACGAACGAACAAGAUAUCAUUGACUUAUUGAGUAUUACCUUAUCUACUCCAAUAUCCCCUCCUGCUCAAACCCCUCUCGAACCUACAUCUUCAUCUCAAAACGUACAUCAACAACAACAACCGUCAUUUCCUUCAAUGACACAAGAUCCCAAUUAUGCAUCCCAGGCAUAUCCACCUGUAAACCGAGAUCAACCUCCUUCUUUAAACAGUUAUGUGGUUCCUUGGGCACAACAACAGUCCCAGCCCCAGCCCCAGUUCCGACCUCAGCCUCAACCUCAGUUCCAGUCUCGACCCCAAAUCCAACCACCUCAGGGCUAUAUUCCUCCUCCAUGGGCGGCAACUCCUGGUUACUUGAACAGCAGCCAAAAUAACCAACCCAUGUCAAAUUCAUUUCCAGGUAAAUCAACAAGACCUAUGGUAGCUUUGAAUGGAGAACAGAUAGCGAGUACGAAUCCUGGGACCAGUUCCAGUUCUAGUUCAGGUGGACAGGUACCAUAUGUCCCCACAUAUAGAUUGUUUGAAGAUCUUAAUGUUCUAGGCAAUGCUGCUGAUGGGAAAUUUAAGGCGGGAUCAGCAGAUGGAUCAACUACUAGCAUGACAGGUGGUGCGUCUAACCAAGGUAUGGUUAGUUGGAGAAAAUGAUUUGGUUUGGUUGUUUGGUUUGGUUGGUGACUGUCUUUUACCUAUCUUUCUAUCUAUAGCUAGAUAGCGGUUGUCUUCUUCUUCUUCGUUUGUUUAGUGUAAGUUAAGCCAAGCAGCUGAGUUCUAUACUUGUCAAUAUUAUGGUAUGGGGUAUAUAUACAUAUUAUAUACAUGGUCACAUUUAACAUUUUCAUGGUUGCUGGUUUUGCUUAUUAUUAGAAUAUUUGCUUGACUUUAUUGAUAAUACUAUUGUGUAGCCUGCACAUUAUGAGUUUCAUAUAUGGUUGAGCAGUUGCAUUAAGGACAUGUUUGGAGAU